GGUGAGCUUUUCGCUGAAUCAUUUGUUGAAAGAGGAAUGAAAGUGUAUCAUGGCCACUAUUUCGACAGUGAACGCAUUUCCCUUAUAGUUUCUGAUUUUCUCCGGCAUGUUUUAGCAUCGGAGAUUUUAUGGUGA